GAUGGCGGCCGUCCAUCAUUCUACUUUGUCGAAAGAAAUUCGUGAAAAACUAAGUUUGUGGGAUGGUAAAGAAAACUGCCUUGCUCCUCUUACUGAAGCUCAGAAAAAUAGUGUAGCAGAGCUUACGGCUGUGUCAUCAAAUAGGGCGAUUCCUUCGGAGCUCCCAGUUGACGAUUACACUAAUAUUCCAACCAAACGUAUACUGAGUGACAGCAGUAAACAAGUACAGUUAGAUAUAGCACAUCUUGAUCUUGGACAAGAAAAGAUCGAAAAUGCACAGCAGUUCUUCACAUGGUUUGCACAAGUAGAAACUCAAAUGGAAGAAGAACAAGAGUCUUCCUAUCGCUCAUAUUCCAAUCAACUUAAAGCAUAUCGAGAUCACUGUGAUACUAUCCUCAGUGAAGUGGAAGUUGCACUCUCUCAUCUCAAAGAGCUUCAGCUAAAACAUGUUCUGGUUUCAACUAAAACUGGUGCAUUGCAUGAAGCUUGUGAACAACUGCUUCAUGAUCAGACCAAACUUGUUAAUAUGGCUGAAAGUAUUAGCAAUAAAUUGUCAUAUUUCAACACUCUUGAGCAUCUCCAACAUAAAUUAAACUCACCAACACUGUCAGUGAAUAGUGAAUCCUUCAUCCCUCUCUUAACUCAACUUGACGAAUGCAUCUCAUAUAUCUCAAGUAAUCCUCAUUUCAAGGAGUCUCCUGUCUACCUAACAAAAUUCAAGCAAUGCCUAAACCAGUCUCUACAUCUCAUUAAGUCUCAUGUCAUUACACUCUUAAAGAAUGCUACCACCCAAGUAUUGAAUAAUAAGGAUGCGGCAAGCUCUGAGAAUUCUUUUGCUCUCUUCUAUGGGAAGUUCAGAGCUUGUGCACCAAGAGUCAAGUCACUAAUGGAACAAAUUGAACAAAGAUCAUACAUGACCACAGAAUAUGCCUCCUURCUGAGUGACUGUCAGCAAUGUUACUUUGACCAGAGAUUUCAACUACUCACUCCAUGUGUUGCUGAUGCUGUUGAUAAAUUAACCAAACAAUAUGCAAGAAAUCCCUGCUCACUGGUGCGAGCAGGUUGUUCAGUUUUAAUCCACGUCUGUCAAGAUGAAUACCAACUUUAUUAUCACUUUUUCUCGAAACCAAGCAUUGGCGUUGACACCCUUCUUGAGAACCUUAGCAGUACUCUGUAUGACUGUUUACGUCCAAUAAUCAUUCACAUGAAUCACAUGGAAACAUUAGCAGAAUUGUGUUCAAUAUUGAAGGUUGAAAUGCUAGAGGAUCAUGUUCAGCAAAAAGGUGACGAACUGGCAGCUUUCGGGACAGUGGUUGACCAGAUGCUUCAAGAUGUUCAAGAAAGACUGGUUUACAGAGCACAGGCUUACAUAGAGUCAGAUAUCAGGAAAUACUCACCUGCACCAGGGGAUCUUGCUUACCCAGAGAAAUUAAUUGUAGAGACAAAUGAACCUGAAUCUAAAGAUGCAAGCAGUACACCUAAGAAACCAUCUCCUGAGCUUCCAGCAGCCCUUGUAGAUCUUCAGGGAAUGUGGUAUCCUACAGUAAGAAGGACAUUAGUUUGUCUCUCCAAACUAUACCGCUGUAUCUCAAGAGAGACGUUUGAAGGUCUAUCCCAAGAAGCUUUGUCUGUUUGUAUUGGUUCUCUUAAGAUUGCUAGUGCUCUUAUUACCAAGAGAAAGGAUCCUAUCAAUGGCUACCUGUUCUUCAUCAAGCACCUUCUUAUACUUCGGGAGCAAAUAGCGCCAUUUGAUGUAGACUUUGCUAUCAAAGAGGUUUCAUUAGACUUCAGCAAGAUGAAGUCUGCAGCGUUUGGUUUGUGGUCCAAAAGUAACAAACUGUUUUCACUUAGUAGUAAUAACGCUAUUCUAGAGUUUCUUCUAGAGGGAGCUCCCCAACUCACUGAAAGCUAUCUUGAUUCAAAAAAGGAAGUUGACAUUGAACUUCGAAUUGUGUGCGAGAAGUUCAUUCAGCAUGUUUCUGAUUCCCUCAUUUCACCCAUGUCGGCUCUGCUGUCCAAGGUUGAUGUUGUUGUUAAAAUGGCAGAAGAAGAAGGAAAGGAUAUCAAAGCAUUUCUUAAGCAACAACCUUUUGCUAAGCCAGAAAACGUUCGGAAAGUGGUCAGCGAGACGUACAUGUUAAUCAAAUCCAAACUUCCCAGUACAUUACAGAGCAUGUCAYUAUUUUUAGCCAACAAGGACACAGAGUAUAUUCUUUUUAAACCUGUCAAGGCCAAAGUGCAAGAUUACUACAAGCAAAUGAAUGAACUAGUAACGCAAACUUAUUCAGAAGAAGAUACACAAAUUAUUGGCUGCCCCUCUAUGCAACAGGUAUCUCUACUUCUUGCAGUUUCAUAGCACGUCAUACUUUUAAUAUGAAAAUAUGUAAGAUAGUCUCUUUUGAAUGAGAAAUAGUUGUAUAUUAUAUCAAUGUAAAGAUGAUAUUAUAAAAUAAAAGUAGUAUGAAGUUCUUG